AUGACUCGAAGACUCGACAUUGCUUCACGGAAACCACCAUCGCCAUCAGCUGUCAUAUCACACCCAAACCACUUCCGUAGCACUACAACCUCCCACACAACCAUCGCAAUGGUCCUCGACCGCCUCCGCCAAUUAUCCUCCCACCUCACCUCCACUCCUCCCCCUCCCCACCCUUUCGACCCCCUCUCAGCAGCCGAAAUCGAACACGCAGUCGCGGUCAUAAAUGAGAAGCAUGCGCCUCUGGCAUACAAUGCUGUUACACUGCUGGAGCCUAGGAAGAGGGAGAUGAUGGCGUGGUUGGUGGAUAGCGGAGAACGACCACACAGAGUCGCAGACGUGGUGGCGAUUAAGAAGGGGGAGAGGUGUGGGAGGGCUUGGUGGAUUUGA